AUGGCGGCGUUAGCAGUGGCAGAAACUCCUUCGGGGAAAGAUGCAAUUGCCGAGGGUUUAUUUGAGCUUUUAAAACCGGCGGUUCAACAGCUCGAUCUACACGUCCAUUCAGUAAGGGAGAGUCAAGUGGAGCUUCGAGAGCAUAUUGACAAUUUGGCUUCAGAAUUAUGUAGAAUCAACGAGCACCAGAAGGUGGCGCUAGAUCUCGACCCUUACGUCAAGAAGCUGCUGAAUGCGCGGCGCAGAGUGGUACUGGUCAACAACAUCCUUCAGAACGCACAGGAGCGGCUGCGGCGGCUCAAUCACAAUGUUUCCAAGGAGACGGCACGUAGGAAAACGAUGCUCGAGACGUCGGGAGCCUUCACACCCCGCUCUCCCAGCAAACCCUGAGCAUAGACGAGGGGCGAUGGUGGCUCAGGUGAUAGAGGAGGUUGCAGGGUCGAGCCCCGCUCCAUCUGACCCCAUCGAUGUGUCCUUGAGCACGAUACUUAACCCCAAGUUGCUCCUGGUGGCAGGGGGGUACGCUGCGUGGCAGCCACUGCCACCGGUGUGUGAAUGUGAGUGUGAAUGGGUAAAUGUGAGGCAUACAAUGUAAAGCGCUUUGAGUGCUCGAAGGAGUAGAAGGGCGCUAUAUAAAUGCAGUGCAUACAGUACAUAGACACGCACGCACACACACACCCCAACGUGCCAUCUUCUCACCUCCAGAGGCUAGGAUGACACGGUAUAACACAACCCUAAAUGCAGCUCUCUGUCUCUGAGUUUGUGAUUGCCUCUCUACCCUACUCUUAUGGAGUUGCUGAAGAGAGAGAGAGAGAGAAACGGCGUAAUUUGAAAUGGGAGAGCCAUCAGGUUGCAGCAAAGCUGACCUGCAGAAUCCUGAUCCUGCUCUGUAUGUCACCUAUAGGAAGCGCAAACACAAUACUAACUAGGUAGUGUGUUCUCUCCUUCUUAGGGAGUCUCCUGUAAGGCCAUGUGUGGAUAUUUAUAGGCAGUCUCUGCAUGGUAGUCUGUGUAGAACUGAGGCAUAUACUACAAAGCUGGUUCAGGAGUAAACCAGGUUAAGUUAAGAUAAAUCAUCUAAUAGAAGAGCUUGGAGGCCUCAUUUUGGACUCCAGGCUCUUCUAUUAGGCUUAACUUAAUCUGGUUUACUCCUGAACCAGCUUUGUAGCAUAGGCCCCUGCUGUCAUCCUAGCUGUUUUCAGUACUGAAUGGCCAAGGCAGCAAGGCGAUGUUCCAAAAAGGUGGUUCAGUAGCACCACUGCUUUCAAUCAACCUGGAGGUAGUGGUAAAUCAACUAAUAGAAGGGCCUGGAGUCCUUAUUGUCAUUACUAAAUGAUGCCUGCCUCUGGUAGGCUAACUUAGAGGUAACCGCACAAAUAGACCAGGCGCGAUGCGAUUCAAGCGACCGAGUGCAGCAGCAAGUGAUACGAGCGAUUGAAGAGACUAGAGUAUGUCCGUACAGGCAGAAGGCAAAGCAUUCAAACAUUCCCAUUGGCUGUGGUCACUGACCUCUAUACAGUCAUUGGCUGUCGCGGCUGGUCGCCGAACCGCGUCAUAGAAAGUUGAAAGGAUUUCAACUUCAAACUGUCGCUCUCGUCGCGCAAAUCGCCUCUAGUCUCCAGAAUCGCUUUUGUCGCGCGACUCAAUACAAAGUCAAUUACUUCCGUCGCUCGCCUCGCUCUUGUCGCGGUAGGUGUAUUUGUGCGGUAAGGAUUUAUUUAUCACUUGUUCUUUAUUUAUCACUUGUUCUUGGAAUACCCACCAUUUUAAAUCAACCUGGGGGCAGUGGAAUAUCAGCCAAUAAGAAGAGCAUGGAUUCCUUGUUUCCCUUAAUACAUGUUGUUUGGAGGGUAUCUAUUAGCAGGUGUACCACUUUCUGAGUGCGUUUUAAUAUGCGACCUUGCCUCCUCCACUUGCGCUUGUCUCCUCGUCCCUUCUCCUGGCCCCUCCUCUGUGGAGAAAACGAUAAAGUUUCCCAGCUGUCAGCCUAGCCACAACAACUUUUGAGGGACUGUUUUUCAUUCACCAUCCCAAUUGCAAAUGAGAAAAAGACUCUACAAUUGAGCUUUUGCAAGAUAUUGAAAUAUAAUGCUGUUGUCAGUGAUGUCAUCAUGACGAGAAGCAAGUGGAGGAGGCAAGGUCGCAUAUUGCAACGCACUCUCUGUUGUUAACAUUAGGUUUAGCACUGAACCAUGUGUGCAUUCCAAUAUGCAACCUUGCAUCCUCCACUUGUGCUUGUGGCCUCACGUUUUGCUCAAGUUUCCCCACUGUCAGCCUAUCCAAAACAAUUUUACUAUUCAACAUCCAGUUUGCAAAUGAGAAAAUGACUUUACAAUUGAGCUUUUGUGAGAUAUUGAAAUAUGAUGCUGUUGUCAGUGAUGUUAUCAAAAGGUAUUACUUGCUGGUAUGAGGCUACAAGCACAAGUGGAGGACGCAAGGUUGCAUAUUGGAACGUACCCCGUGUUCCAGGAUUACCCCCUUUCUAGCAGUAUGAAUGUCACCAACCGUUUGUAAUACUGUUUUUUGCCACUAGAGGGAGAUGUGAAUCGCUAUCUGUUACAUGCCAGCCUUGUCUUUGACAGCUUGUAUAUUAUGAUAAUAAGUAUUUAAUAUAAUGGCUUCAAGAUUUGCGUGUGAUGUACCUUUUUUGUUUAAAACCGACAUGCUCUGUGUUCCAUGUGUGUAAAACCCUGACAUGCAAAAUAUAUACAGCUUUGGUUUUGUACAUAUCCAUGAACAAGCAUUUAUUUGCAUGUUGUUGCCAAGGCUCUGCUGUUUGGAGAAGCAAUGUAGUGCAUUAUCUGUGGGCACAAUCCAGAAGACUCCUGCAUGGUUAUGCUGACUUAAGUUUUAAUGACAUCAUUAUGGUGCCGUGCUUGGUGCCGUCACCGCUGUGCAGGUCCAGUUAAGUGUUCUUGUUCUGUUCCACAUGUCCAUUUUGACGUGGGUGGAAAUGGAGAGUCCAGGAGAUGAUGGCAAUUCUGCAUAAAAAUAAAUACAUUUCCAGACCAUCA